AUGGGGCCAUCCUCACUGACCCUGCUCUUCUCCUCUCUCCCUCCUCCCCUGACUGCUGCCUCGUCAGAGAUUCCCCAGUGCGCUGGCUGCAACCAGCACAUCCUGGAUAAAUUCAUCCUGAAGGUCCUCGAUAGGCACUGGCACAGCUCCUGCCUCAAGUGCGCAGACUGCCAGAUGCAGCUGGUGGACAGGUGCUUCUCCAGAGCCGGGAACAUCUACUGUAAGGAAGACUUCUUCAGGCGUUUUGGUACGAAAUGCACGGCCUGUCAGCAAGGAAUCCCCCCUACCCAGGUGGUCCGGAAAGCCCAGGACUUUGUCUAUCACCUGCACUGCUUUGCCUGUAUCAUCUGCAACCGCCAGCUGGCCACAGGCGAUGAGUUCUACCUCAUGGAAGAUGGGCGCCUGGUGUGCAAGGAGGACUACGAGACAGCCAAGCAGAAUGAUGAUUCAGAAGGUGGAGCCAAGAGGCCAAGAACCACUAUCACAGCCAAACAGUUGGAGACGUUAAAAAAUGCCUAUAAAAACUCCCCCAAACCCGCCAGGCACGUGCGGGAGCAGCUGUCCUCGGAGACAGGGCUGGACAUGAGGGUGGUGCAGGUCUGGUUUCAAAACAGGCGGGCCAAAGAAAAACGGCUGAAGAAGGAUGCUGGGCGGCACCGCUGGGGCCAGUUCUACAAGAGUGUGAAGAGGACCCGUGGGGGCAGCAAACACGAGAAGGAGAGCUCUGCGGAGGACUGUGGGGUUAGUGACAGUGAGCUGAGCUUCCGAGAAGAUCAGAUCCUCUCUGAGCUUGGCCACACCAAUAGAAUUUACAGCAAUGUUGGGGAUGUUGCUAAUGGACAGUUAAUGAACGGAAGCUUCUCCAUGGAUGGGACAGGACAAUCUUACCAGGACUUGAGGGAUGGAAGCCCCUAUGGAAUUCCUCAGUCUCCAUCUUCCAUAUCAUCCCUUCCUGCCCAUACUCCAUUGCUCAAUGGUCUGGAUUACACAAUGGACACUAAUUUGGGAAUUAUAGCACAUGGAGGGCAGGGGGUAAGCCAGACACUCAGAGCAAUGGCUGGGGGACCAACCUCUGAUAUUUCUACAGGAAGCAGUGUAGGCUAUCCAGACUUUCCAACAAGUCCUGCUUCUUGGCUUGAUGAAAUGGAUCACCCUCCUUUUUAAGCAUUUCCUGCUUCCCACCGCAUCCCACUCGUUCUUAUGGCCUGAAAGUGUGCUCAAACUAGCAGAAGAGACAACAAGCAACCUUCAAGAAUCCCAGACAUAUUGUACCGGAAAAUUUCCAUUAUUUUCAAUGGGAAUCCACCAUUGGUUCCUGGAGGCUUGUGAAAUGAUAGCGUGGUGGUUUUUUUCCCUUUUCCCUUGGGGAGCUGGAGGGCAGGAGGCACCCUUCUGAACACUGGCAUAAAGUAUCUGAUUCUAGGUUUUCAGGCUCAUAGUAAAACACAAACUCAUUGAUUCUCUCCAGGUCAAAGACUCUUUGCUGUUGAGUGCUUUUGAAGCACAUGUUGGCUGGCUCAGCAGAUCUUGGCUAUUACAAACUCCAGUUGGCGCUCUCU